UCAAAGCCAUCCAUUCAUUUUUUCUUUCUUUUUGCCGUUUUGCAUGCGAAGUCAAAUAGGUUCCAUCUCAUGAGCCUCGUCUCUUCGCAUACUGUGCUGUCCUCAAACCUCUCACCGAGUGCUAUAUGGUUAGUAGGCAAAGUUAACUAGAUUGCUCAACGUCAAAAAGCCAUUGUGGAUAUCUAAAGCCGCUCGCUCAAUCUGGAAAGAUACCCCAGCGAACGCAAUAAAUCAUGUCAUCGCUUCUGGAUCCCGAGAUGACCUUUGCCUCAUUGGCUGCCGAAGUUGGACUGGACGUGAGACUUCGAAAAGCCGUUGCUGGAAUGGGUCUGGUUAGACCUACCCUUGUGCAAUCGAAAUGUCUACCAUUGGCACUCUCGUCCGGAAGGGAUCUCAUGGUUCGAGCCAAAACUGGAAGUGGAAAGACUUUGGCAUACUGUCUGCCACUGCUACAGAAAAUUUUGGCCAAGAAACUAGAGCAGCAACAACAAUCCUCUUCCAGCAGUCGCCACAACAACGAUAUCUCCGCCGUCAUUUUGGUACCAACACGAGAAUUGUGCAGUCAAGUUACCAAGGUCUUGCAAGCACUCAUGUACUACUGCAAUGAACACAUCAAACUAGCUCCCUUGUCCGGCAGUCACGGCCGUGGGAAAAAAGCCAAAGAAGAAAUGACACGACAAGAAGCCCUGUUACGAGACCGACCCGAUGUUGUCGUGGCAACACCCACGGGAUUGGCCCAUCAUAUUCAAAAUGGAACCGUCGAACUAAAGUCCUCCGUCGAGACGGUCGUGGUAGAUGAAGCGGAUUUGGUCUUGUCGUUUGGACAUGAAAAGGCGCUGCGGGAAAUUAUUGGAGGAUUGCCCAAGAUUUAUCAGGGAUUCCUCAUGUCCGCGACACUCUCGGAAGAUGUCGACUCGAUCAAAAAGAUUUUCCUCAAUUCACCCGUCAUUCUCAAACUGGAAGAGGAUGAUGAUGUUGGUGUCAAUCGAAAACUCAAACAAUUCUAUCUGUGUCUUCCGAAAAAGGACAAGGGAUUGGUGAUAUACGUCUUUCUCAAGUUGGGAUUGCUGCGAGGAAAGGGGUUGUUCUUUGUCAACACGACCGAUGCGGCAUACCGGCUCAAGUUGUUGCUGGAACAAUUCCAUAUACGUUCCUCCGUCCUCAAUGGAGAAUUACCAAUUCACAGUCGACUCAAUAUCAUUGAACAGUACAAUGUUGGGAACUUUGAUUACCUCAUUGCCACGGAUGAGAGUGCUGCCAAUACAGUGGAUUCCAAUGAAGUAGACGACAAUGACAACCAUGCCGACGAAGGCGAGAAGAAGAAGAAAGCCCCCAAAAGGAGCAAAAAGCGCGACUCAGAAUAUGGAGUCUCCCGUGGAUUGGACUUUCGAAAGGUCGCCUUUGUGGUGAAUGUUGACUUUCCCCAAACAGCCAAAUCGUAUGCGCAUCGUGUGGGGCGGACGGCUCGAGGUGGUGCCAGUGGCGUGGCGUUGAGUCUGGUGGAGAUGGAAUCCGAUGAGCAAAUGGAAAUGCUGGAGAAGGUGCAAGAAGAUCAACCCGAUGUACCAGUGUUGGGGUCCGCCACGGAACAAUUGCAGCCGGCGGCUCCCAAAGAAGGAGACCCAGAGGACAUGGCCGGCAUUCCAGCACCCCAAAUGCAACCACAACCUUCUCCGUUGGACUUUGAUUUGCACGAGAUUGAGGGCUUUCGUUACCGUGUCGAAGAUGUUUCUCGAGCUGUGACACGCAUGGCCGUGAAGGAGACAAGAGCUGCCGAGUUGAAGGCAGAGAUUCUGAAUUCCGAACGUCUACAGUAUCACUUUGAAGAGAAUCCCACCGAUUUGCAACUUUUGCGACAUGAUCGUGUGGCGACUCAUGUAUCCAAGGUUCAAGAGCAUCUCAAACACGUGCCAAAGUACUUGCUUCCAAGAGGUAUGCAGGUUGCCAAACUCAACAAAAAGCGCAAGAGGAAGAAAGCUCGCGUGUAUGGAGGUCGACGAACCGACAAUGAUCCAUUGCAAGCAUUUGACGGCGCUGGUGAUGUGGACCUGGGCAACGUUGCCGGUGCCGAGGAGGAGGAUGGUCUGGCGGAAUUCUUUGAAGACGACGACGGAGAGGACGACUCCCAAAUGAUGGCAAAGAAGCAAAAGACGGGUGAAUCCGAAGGCAAACUGUUUACGGGUGCUCAAGACGGCACAGGCGAGAGCACGGCUGGUCGUAACAAAUGGAAAGAGCGCCACAGGAAAGGAAAGUUCAGUGGCAAGGCACGCAAAUCGGAGCGAAAGCACAAGGCUCCAUUGGGCAUUUAGGUUGGUUUAGAUGGUUCUACUAUAGCUAGCGGCAGUCAGGACGCACAGUAAUGCAUCUCUGGUAGCAAUGCUUUAUUGCUGUACAAAAUCUAUAUCCUAUUAGCUAGCUUGGAUAGAACCGUGCA